CCGGUCGCGGCCGCCGGUGAGACAGAGAUCCAAGCCCCGCCGCCAUCUCCACCCGCCGCCGCCGCCAUCGCCGCGGCCGCGAUGGGGGAGCGGGACGAGCUGCCGCAGCUGCCGCUCGCCCUCCACCCGCCGCAUCUGAUCCCGCCGGCGCCCACCGCCGACCCCAACGCCCUCUCCUUCCUCCCCGACCUCGGGGGGUUCCCCUGGGUCGCCUACGCCGCCGGCUCCUUCCUAGUCGUCUCCCACCUCCCUUCCCCGCCCCAUGAAGGUAGAACCGCCGCCACCACCACCACCAGCGACGCCGGCGUCGAUGCCCCGUUCUUCCGCCAGGCCAUCGACCUCCGUGCCCCCGUGUCGGCUGUCGCCUGGUGCCCCCGUGGCGGGGGCGAGCUCGCCGCCGCCGCCGGGAGCUCCGUGUCCGUGUUCCAGCCGGUGCCGUACUCCUCCCCAGGAUCAUUUGGUUGGCUUCUGAGGUGGGCUAUCACCGAGACUUUCGCCAUCACCACCGUGGCCUGGACGGGCUCCGGCGACGGCAUUCUAUUGGUCGGCGAGGGUGUUGCGAUGUGGGCUAGGACAGAGUCGUCCUGGCAGCUCACUUGGAGAUGGUCGCCCCAGGCGGCUCAGUCCCUUGCCUCUGCUACACACUUCCUCCAGGGUCCUGUUGCCACAGCGGCAGCUGCUCCUUCUGCCGAUGUUGACGGCAGUCUGCCUCCUGUUCUGGUGUUCAUGAAUGAUGCCAAAGUGGGUUUGGAGAAAGCCGAGCUUGUGCAUCCUAAGCCAGUAUCCAUGAUCCAGUGGAGACCUAGGUCGAUGUGUGUCAGCGAUCAAUCUGAAGUCAGGAGAGAGAUACUCAUGACAUGCUGCUCGGAUGGUACUCUGCGAUUGUGGAGUGAGGACGAGUUACCCAAGUCAAAGAAGCAGCAGCGUAUUUUGCAACGAUCUUUCAGUGUCAUUGCGGUAAUUGAGAUGAGCAACACUCUGAAUGGAGUGUUGGGAGUUGAUAUAAAUGUGAGAUGGGCAGUUGAAACUGGUGGUGUUGUAUCAAGAGAUGAACAAGGCAAUUUCACAUUGUUUUCUGGUGAUCCUGGGGAGAACCAGGUAGGCAAAUGUGAGUGGUUGGUAAGUGCUGGUCCUGGGGCUUUUGUAAACUUUUGGGCUGUACAUUGUAUUGAUGAUGUAUCUCCACCAAGGUAUCCACGGAUUACUCUAUGGAAACAAGUCAAACUGCAGAGUUGGAUGCAGUCAGCUUCAGGGCAACAAAAAUCCAUAGAUGACUCAUUUUUUGUUGAGGCUGUUAUAUCAAGAAGGUUUUCUUCUGGCCCACCUACAACAUGCUCUUUGCUUCAUUUGCUGCAUGAUAACUCAUUCAGUUGGUCUUGCUUGUCCUCCAAUUUAUCAUUGAAUUCUGAGAGCGAUGUUUCAAGUGAUUCUACUAAGAGUAUGUCAUGCUAUGCCUCCCAAACUAUCAAUCAAUAUGGACAUAAUGGUAGCAUCAAACAAGUGUCUAUCCAUCCAUACAGCUGUGAAAUAGAGCUAGCUGUUUCCAUGGAUUCUAACAGAACUCUACAUUUCUGGUCUUUUUCAACUUUAUCAACUCUCGUAUCAACUUUGCAUGCACCUACUUAUCCAUUAUGGAAUCUUUUAUGCAAAUUUGAUCUGGGUGACAUUUAUGCAGAUGUGGAAUACUCAUGUCUGUGUUGGGCUCCCUCCGUUAUUCAUGAAAAUAGGUUUCUUAUCCUUGGAAGUGAAAAAGGAGCCGAUUGUUUUGUAGUCAGUAUUCAGAAAGGAGAUGUUUUUUCAUGUCAGAAAAUGUUCACAAUUCCUUUCUUUGAAGGUAGUAAUGCGGAAGGCCCACCUGACAGCAUUCAUACCAUACCUUUAGCUUCUAAUUGCGACGGGCCUUUCAUUAGCAACAGCUUUGUAGUAGUAUGUCUAUGGAGGACAAACUUUCAAGCAUUAUCCUGGAAAGUAGUUCUUCAUCUAGAAAAUCAAAGCAAACAUGGGAUGUGUUUUUGUGGUUUUUCUGCUAGCUCUCUUUCUACUAUAGAUCAAGAGAUACAUGGGAAUUACCUUAAUGGUGGUAUGUUUUCAGCAGUUAUUUAUGAAGGUUCUUCAGUCUUCCCUACAUGCCUGGAUGGGGAAUAUCCUACCUGUAUUUCUGUAACGCCACUGAACAAUACUGUAUUACCUCUACAGCAGCAUGGCCCUUCCAUAACUGCUCCAUGUUAUCACAUUGCUACUGGCUAUUCUGAUGGCAGGGUGAAACUAUGGAAGAUGUCUUGUGCAGGUAACCCGUUGCAGAGUGAGAAACAGAGCCAAAGCUGGCAACUAGUAGGCACAUUUAGUGCUUAUCGAGGACCAAUUAGUGCAGUUUCACUGUCCAGUUGUGGUAGAGUUGCUACUGUUGGUAGAUAUGUUCAGAAGAAUGCCACCUACAUUCAUAUCUGGAAAGCAGUAAAGCUCAUAGGAGACGGGAGUUUUCUCCUGGAGGAUGUGCGAAUGCUUCAAGGCCCUGUUGUUGGUUUAGACUGGCUAUCUUUAGGCGAUGGGAGAUUUUUACUUGCAGUUUACCUUCUCAACGAGUUGCACAUAUACUCUCAUAAGCACCCUUCCUUUCAGAAUAUGCUACACACUGUGAAUUCAAAAGAGAAACAUCUUUGGAGUUGUAUUGCACUAUCCCAUUCUCAGCAUGACAUUGCUAGCUUCCUUUGGGGCCCAAAGGCGACUGGUGUGCUUGUUCAUAAGAAUCAUCUUGCUCUCUUCAGUUCAUGGUUGGUAAGCGGAGGCAAUGAAUCCAAUACCCAGAUAUGUGAUUGUCCUACUGCAGACAUACAUGAAUUGCCACGUACUAAGCAUUUUAAUGAAAAUGUCUAUGGUAGAUUCAGUUCAUCAGAAAAUUACAGCAACACAAAGAUUGUUGAAAACAAUAACAUCUUGUUACUACACAAACACACUUCUCAUUGUUCUAGUGGUCUGUGGAACUUGUUGGAUAUAGCCGCCAAAAUGAGUGGACCUCUGGCAUCAUAUCACCCAAGAGCACUUGUUCAGUCUCUUUAUUCAGGUCAAUGGAAACGUGCAAACGCUGUUCUGCAGCAUCUUGUUCAAUCCAUGAAAGCAAAAGAGAUAACAAAUAUCAUGUUGGAGUGCAGUUUGUGUAGCAAACCAUGCCGUAAUAUUCCUGAAUACCCUUUGUCUGAAAACUUUACUGAUAUCGCAUCUAAUGACAUGUCUAAUAGACAGUUACUUUGGGGUGACAAUAAGCAUAGCACAGCUUUUAGUUUGCUAUCACCAUCGAAUUCAUAUCCUCAGAUGGAGGUUGGCUUAAGUAUCAACAACACCACUGGCACAUCUCAAAGUUCAGAACUAAAUAAGCUCCUUGCUACGAAUGUCAGCCUAUCUGCAAUAAGUGACAUGGAGAGAAUACAGAUACUUGCAAUUUAUGAUCUUUUGGGUAAAAUUACUGAUCAGAGUCAUGCAUCUCCCUAUAAAAGCCUUGAUGAAGCAGGGCGGAGGUUCUGGGUUGAUGUGCAGUUCCAACGCAUGUAUGCACUUAGGGGAUCUGGGGAUCCAUCCAGUGCCGAAGCCUUCCAUGUUGAUUCUACUUCUAUUGCAUGGGCCUUACAAUCUGAGUGUCAGGACGAUCUACUCAAUUCUGUUCUUCCUGCAGAGCCAACUUGGGCUGAGAUGCGAAACCUUGGUGUAGGGUUAUGGUACACCAAUGUGUCACAGUUAAGGACCAAGAUGGAGAAGCUGGCAAGGUUGCAAUAUCUUAAAAGCAAGGACCCAAAGGACUGUUCUCUUCUCUAUAUAGCAUUAAAUAGAACAAAAGUGUUAGUUGGCCUAUUCAAGAUUAGCAGGGAUGAAAAGGAUAAACGUCUUUAUGAGUUUCUCUCCAGGAACUUUCAGGAAGAAAAACACAAAGCCGCUGCUCUAAAAAAUGCAUAUGUGCUAAUGGGAAGGCAUCAAUGGGAUCUUGCUAUAGCAUUUUUCCUCCUUGGAGGUGAUACAUCGUCAGCCAUCAGUGUUUGUGCAAAGAACCUUCAAGAUGAACAGCUUGCUCUUGUAAUUUGCCGGCUUAUUGAGGGAUCUGGAGGGCCCUUGGAGCGUAACCUCAUUUCUAAUGUGCUGCUCCCUGAAGCUGUUGAGAAAGGAGACCACUGGCUUUCAAGCCUACUUGAAUGGAUGUUAGGGAAUUACUCUCAGUCUGUCAAUGAAUUACUUGAUUGCCACCCCAAGUCAUUGCUCGAAGAAUCCAGCAUUCCUGGUUAUCAAAAUGUCUUUGCAGACCCAGGAGUGGGUCAGUAUUGUGCAAUCCUUGCAACAAAAAAUAGUUUCAGAAACUGCGUUGGUGAAGCUCAAUCUGCAAAUUUAUCUAAGCUUUCAUUAGCAGUGGCUUCAUGUGCCUUGUACAGAUGUGGACUGCCUCUUGAAGCACUUGAAUACCUAUCUUGUAACUUGGGCCUAGAGGGCAAGGACAACACCUCAGUGGAUAGUGGGGACAAGGAGAUUUUGUAUGGAAUAUUGAACCCUUUCCAUGCUUCUUCCAACUGGAUAUCAGCAACUGUAGUCAGUGAUGUUGAAUCAAACCUGAAAAUAACUAUGGCUUCAAAAUAUCUAUCACGGAUGGUGAGAAACCAUUCACUGUGUUCAUAUUGCAGCCUACCACUAACUAAAGAUAAGGCGCUGAAAGAGUUCGACAGUAAUCAUGUUAAUGAUCUUUCUCGUGAUGUGAAGGCAGCACUACAUGUAUUUGAUAAAAAAUUCUCACUCAAUGUUGCUGACAUAGCUGAGAAGAUACUUGCCUUUAGUUGCAACAACGGUAUAUUUUUUCUCGCGUAUAUGUUGCUGUCAAGUAGUAUAUCACCAGAUUCUGGAACUGAUAGCCGUGGUCUUGGAGACUGUGCCUUCCAUCCAAUUAAUUAUAUGUUUAUGGUGUCAAGCAAGGAGAGCUGCAAGUUUCUUGCACGAUAUGUUGUCUCCUGCUGCUUCAUGUGUUCCACUCUGAACAUGGACUACACUAAUAGUACUCCAUGCACAACUAAAGAGGGAAAGUACAUUAUGGCAAGUUUAUCACAUUUUCUGAGUACGAGCAGGUUACUUCUGAAACAUGACAAUAGUAAAACUUUUGUGCUAGAUUGCACAUCAGCUAUGCUUACAGUUAUGGACCUCCUUGAAUACAACAUAGAGUUUUCCUUUUCUUGGUUAUGUCUUGACUUAAAAGCAUCGCUUACCAUGAUCAAACCAGUCAUAGGUGCUUCUGUCAGCAGAGAGUCCUUUCAAGUAUUAUUAGAUCAGUUGAUGCAAGCUGUACGUGACAGAAUUCAUGGUGUAUCAACUAACACAGAUUUGAGCACAACCAAUAGUUUGUUCUGUAAUAUAAAACAAGAAAAAAGUGAGAACUCAACACUUCCCACUGAUGAAAAGUGGCAUUUGAUAGGUAUUUCUUUGUGGACUCGAUUGUCAUCUUUCAUGAAACAGUUUUUGACAGAGUUCAUUGAGAGAGUUGAACUUGAAACUAGUGCAAGUGAUGUGGAAUUUAAGGGUCUCAUAUCAUCAGUUGCUGCAAAGUUUGUUAUGGGCUCCCUGCAUUUUGUGUCAUCAUCGUUAGUGAAAUUGCAUGCAUCAUUUUUCAGAGAGAAAUUAUUCAAGAAGCUAAAUUCGAGUGUGCUUUUCUGGUUAGAAGAUAAGUUGUCUCAGCCAAGGUCCAACAACAAUAGCCAUGAUCAGUUCUCAAGUAUUGUUCAGCUUGCUAGCAACGAGAACAUUGAAGUCCUUUUUGAUACUUUGUGGGAAAUAUCUGCUAAUCCUGUGGAUAUUUGCACCACUUUUAUGGAUGAAGGAGUGAAUUGCUUUUCUUUAAACAGCACAAGUCUAACACGGUCUUGGAAGGCUAUGACAGGAGCUACAUUAGAUGAGUGUGAAAACAAACUUGCUCAAAGAAGUGGACAAGAAAACCGUGACAGUGUUAGAUACAACAACAAUGAGAAAGCACAGAGAUCGAUCAGCAAUACCUCCUGUGGUGUGGAAGUCACUCUUGAAUCUAAACCCUUGACUGCAGAUUUUGAAAGACCCAGAGAACUUGUAAGGAGAAAUGGUGAACUUGUUGAGGCAAUAUGUCUCAACUCUAUCAAUAAACAACAAGGUGCUAUCGCUACCAAUCGGAAGGGCCUUGUUUUCUUCAACUGGAAUGACAAGCAACAUAACAAAAAGUUAACUGAGUAUAUGUGGGCAGGAUCGGAUUGGCCCUUGGAUGGGUGUGCUGGUUGCGAAUCUACACCUACUUCAACUUCUGUUUCCCCUAGUGUUGGUCUUGGCAGAAGAAAAGGAUCCCAUCUUAGUUCAGGUGGACCAACUAUUGGUUUGGGUUCAUUGGCGAAACCUGCAAGGGACUUAACUGGUGGUGGAGCAUUUGGAAUUCCAGGCUAUGCUGGUAUUGGUGCCUCUGGGUUUGGGUGGGGAGAACCUGAUGAAUUCGAGGAUUUCGUUGAUCCUCCAGCAACACUUGAGAACAUCCAUUCAAGAGCAUUGUCUUGCCACCCCUCUUUGCCAUUGUUGCUAGUUGGAUCAAGCAAUACACAUGUUUAUUUAUGGGAGUUUGGCAAAGACAGUGCCAUGGCUACAUAUGGUGUUCUCCCUGCUGCUAAUAUUCCACCGCCUUAUGCACUUGCUUCCAUAUCAGCUGUUCAAUUUGAUUAUUAUGGGCAGCGGUUUGCCACUGCUGCAUUAGAUGGUACAGUUUGUACAUGGCAAGUUGAGGUUGGUGGAAGAAGCAAUGUCCAUCCUACUGAGUCAUCCCUAUGCUUUAACAACCAUGCCUCGGAUGUCGCAUAUGUGGCUGCAAGUGGAUCAGUUCUUGCUGCAGCUGGAUGCAGUUCAAAUGGUGCAAAUGUUGUUAUUUGGGAUACAUUGGCGCCACCAUCCACCUGUCAAACUUCUAUUAUGUGUCAUGAAGGAGGAGUUCGUUCUCUUUCUGUAUUUGAUAGCAAUAUUGGCUGUGGAUCUAUCUCACCGCUGAUUGUAACUGGUGGGAAAAGUGGAGAUGUAGCUUUGCAUGAUCUUCGGUUCAUCUCUACUGGGAAGACUAAGCAUCACAGGAGUUCCAACAAACAUGAUGUUAAGGCAUCUUCAACUUUGAUGCAUGACACUAAAUCUGAAACUUCCAACAGUGGUAGCGACAGUGGGAUGAUGUGGCAUAUACCAAAGGCGCACUCAGGGAGUGUCAGCAGUGUAUCAACCAUCCCAAAUACCAGCUUGUUCUUAACUGGAAGCAAAGAUGGAGAUGUGAAACUUUGGGAUGCCAAAAAUUCUCAGCUAGUCUUCCAUUGGCAAAAGUUGCACGAGAGGCACACCUUUUUUCAACCGACUUCUAGGGGCUUUGGUGGCGUUGUUAGGGCUGCUGUAACAGACAUCCAGGUCUUAUCUAAUGGUUUUGUCUCAUGUGGUGGGGAUGGUUCUGUGAAGCUUGUGCAGGUAAAAAAAUGAUUUUGCUGAUGUACGUCAACAUUAGAACAAGCAGAAGGGAGGAGAUAUGCUAGAGACGGUUUUGUUGUAGUGGGUUCAGAUUGUUCGUUUGAUCAAUUGAUCUCAUUCUGCAAUUCUGUUUCCCCCAUGAUAUAAUUUUGCUCUUGCAAGGGGUGGCGUAGCAAGCAUGUAGCCAUAGAGCUGGGCAUAAUCUGAACAAUUUAAUAGGAUUUGCAUUUGAAGGUGCCCUGUUAGUAGUGUGUGGAUGUGGGGCAUAGAACAAUCUUGUAUGCAGUGGGUCAUGUAGGAGCAGGUUUUUGUUUAUCCAUGCAUGCCCAUUUGCACACAUGGUGAUGCAAAAUUCUCUGGAAAUCUGGUCAAUGUUGUUUAUUUGUUUA